AUGGACAUUGGGGCGGGGGCGGGGGACGAUGGGGUACCUCCCACGUCUUCGAUGAGCGCGUCCUGCGGCGCCUCCUUGGACCCCAUCGACGCAGAGGAGGCCCAUGCCGCAAAGAUGAUGAGGAUAGCAGAGAUGAACUUCAAGCGUCUGGACUUCGAGCGCAAGGCGGCCGCACUAUAAGCUCUUGUGGUCCCUACAACAAUUGACCCUGCUGUCACCGGGAGCUGUUUUGAAGCUCCAUGGGUGGGGAAGGAUGGAGGGGAUAAGCAGGUCGAAGCGCCCACUGGUCAGGUUGUUGGUUGCCAAUGACGACAAGUUUAAGCCGGGCGCGUGAUACACAGAGAGCAAAUAUCCGACGGACACCAACGACUGACCAUUUCGUAAUCUAGUGGAGAAAGUAGAGAAGCACACUGAUUUUGAGUGGCUGUCGUGGCUUUCUAUCGAACGUAGUUGUUCAGGAGUGUGGCUGCUAGCAUGAAUAGGGUACAUCUUAAUGUUGAUAGGAUGCGGGUCGGUCAGGAGGUAUACCCUUCUGACCCCUCUCCCCUUAGAAUUGUCUACUCCGUGUACCCCCUGAGAUGAAGUUGGAUCCCCACUUCAUCUCAGACCCUUGCUGAUCGUCGCUCAGCAAUAACAAGCAACUUUCCCAUCUCAAGGUGGUCGUGGACAAGCGUGUCAACGACAGAACCUUCAUCUAUCUCUGGGAGCAAGCUACCGCCCACGGCUUCACUUCGCAAAUGGCGUCAGCGGCAGGGUACUGGUGAGAAUCUCCUUGGGUGCACACUCUUUCUCCUGACUUGGACAUUUUCCCAUGGACGCAAUGUGUGUCAGUCCUGAGAACACCGCUUGGAGUCGAUCCUACAAAGAACCUUGUGACACUCCAUCGAAUUACCCAUCCUGGCCACAAGAGGUUCCCAGUUGAGGGUAAAUUCUGUGGGUGGAGAGUUACCGUCCCACCACGCGUUCAAGCCUUCGGAUGUGCAAGUGCAGAUAGCUGUUCGAGACUCCAUGUUGAAGCAGCUUCCGGUAGUGUCUGGGCAGGUGUACAAAGAUGAGCAGCUCUCGAUGGGAGCCCCUUUUGGGCGACAUGCUUCGUGUCUGGAUGAUAUGUGGGAUGUGUUGGACAAGCGUGCGUUCGCGCACACGCCGGCGGUGCAUGGAGAUGAUUUCUUUUCGGUAUCUUCCACGAAUGCUAGGAGUUCGUCUGCUGUUUCGCGUGCUGUAGCUUCUUCGGCGUUGCGUUCGACGGUGACCCCUUCGUGGAGCCAAGGUUCUUCGGCCGCCGUGAUGAGUGUUGACCCUCUACCUAAUGAU